AUGGCUCAAGCAUCCUCUACGCAAGCUCCGGGGCUCACCCCUCAGUUCUGCUUCAACGAACGAUUACUACGAGACUUCCUAAGCCUCUCCAGAUCCACGAUAGACGACUCAAUAACGCAAAACCUUAAUGCCCUCUUCACGCCCGCCCGCGAGGGGUUCGACCCGUCCUCCACAGCAGCCCGCCAGGUAGACUCAGGAGCCGGUCGAACAAUAGACCCGGCCGCUUGCCAGGGCUUCCAGGAUAAAGUGCUGUUCCCAUCAUGGCAGACGAGAUCGGAUGUUCUUACAUAUUGCGCGGGUGUCGCUACGAGUCCGGACCCGGAGGACCCAGAUCUUCUGCUUCGGGAGACGGAGUCCGCGAGGGAUCGAGAGCGUGUCGUUGAUGAGCGGCUAGAUCCGUAUUCUGCUCGAUUCUUUCCGAGAGAGGCGAGGACGGAGUCGCUGGCGAACUUGGUUCGCAACCAACGGACGGUUGAGGAGAUUAUACGCUCGCGGACCUGGGGGCUUGUCUCAGAGCGAUGCGGUGGUUCUGCUGGGGGUUGGGAGGAGGCUCUCAAUAAUUGGCGUGAGAAGACACAGCGAUGA